AUGGAGACGUCGACCCAAGAAACGACAUCAAGGGCAGAGCACGUCAAGAAGAAGAUGCCAUCUUCGUCGAUCCGGGUGAAAAAGGGCAUGACGGUGAAGGUGCGCACGCGCGCCGGGAUCCUGCCGACGGGGCGCUGCCUCCUGCUCUGGCUCGCCGCCCGCGUCGUCUCCGGCGCAGCAGGUGACGACGGCUACAUCGAAGUGAUCUACAACGGCAACUUCCCCCGCGACGACCCCCUCCGAACCAUUUUCCCGGCGGAGCUGAGGAGAGGCGAAGAAGACAGUGGACAUGAUGCUCCUGCGCGUGGAGCUCUUCUGCACCACUCCACGACCCAUCUUCUUUUCGCUGCCAGCCGUCCGGUAAACAAGCCCGUGACCACUUUGCCGCAGGCGGACACGAUGCUACUCGGUGCACAACCCGCAGUGGGCGCUGAAGGUGUUUCGAAGAGCAAUGGAGGGGGCGGAUCCGGCGCACGUCACGGUGUUCUUCAGUCAGACUCGCUGACCAGUUGCAGGCACACCGUGACAUGCCGCUCGAGGAGUACCAGGAUAAUCAAUUUGGGGAUCAAGAAUGUCUACCGCGUGUUGGGUCAAGGUGACAGAACACAAUUCAUCCCAUUAUCAUUAUGGGUGUAUGAUGGUAUAGUUGUGGGCUCGCUUGGGGCGGUGACGGUUGCCUCGACGCCCUCUCCACCUCCGUUGGAGCCUAGUCAGUCGGAGUAUGCAUGUGUGGAGGGUGAUGGUCCAGACAUGGCUAACAUGCGAUCGCUUGAACCCUUUGGAGGUGUGGUUCCUAUGGCUGAUAAAAUUGUUGUGGCCGGAGUGUUGGUGCCUAAUCCUGGUGUCCUUUUAGCCACCAAGAUAUGUGAAUUCCUAGCCAACCUGGACUCUGAAAAUUCUGGAAAGACGAUUGGAUGCCUCUUGGAGGAAAAAGCUUUGAGGGAGAAGCACAAGAAGGGUGGCGCUAACUCUAGAUCUGGCAUCCUCAAAGAGAAAUCUUGCAGGAGGAAAAGCAAGAAGGAUAGCGCUAGAGGGGAGGCGCAAAUGGUUCCAUGA